AUGAGAGAUCUGCAGGAUGAGAUGGCAACUGCUUGCGAUGAGUCAAAUGCCAAGAAUCAGGCCUUUGAUGAGUGGAAGAGUGUCGCCAGCAAUGAAGACUGGGAGGGCAUUUUGGCUGAGGAGUUGCUGAUUGGUGACCUCAAGGACCAAAUACGCGAACAACUCACUCUCCGCUUUGACCAGUCUGCAGAAAUCGCAGAAUGGGCUGAGGUACCGCGAGCGAUCGUUCACGACAGAAUCAAUCGCCGCAAGACGGUUCUGGAGAUACAGAAAAGAGAGACGAAAGUCAGGGUGCGAAGAGAACUUUACUCUCGAGUUGUAGGAUACUUCGACACGAUCGAGGAGAGAAAAAGAGGCCAGCGGAUUUCGUGGAGGGAUUUAUAUCUCGCUGCUUGGAUUCAUACUUAUUGCAUGAACCUCUGGAUCUUCGACAUGGCGUUCACUUCCAUCUGGGCUGUUAUGAGCUUAUUUGAAUUGGUUCUUGUUUUUGCGACUGAGCCUUGGGGUGUAGAGCUCAAACUGCUCAUAACACAUUAG